CGGCCGCAUGCUCGGGCAGAAGUGGGUCACGGCGCGGCGGAGGGGCAGGUGCCAGAGCCGCCCGGUGCCGCCCGGUGCUUCCCGGUGCCGCCCGGUGCCUCCCGGUGCCGCCGCUCCCCGCCGCGCCCCGAGCCGCUCCGGACCCCCGCGCCGCCCCAUGCGCCCCCCGGCGCCCUGACCGCGGCGGACACGAUGCGAGCCCAAAUCGAGGUGAUCCCGUGCAAGAUCUGCGGAGACAAAUCCUCAGGGAUCCACUAUGGUGUCAUCACCUGUGAAGGCUGCAAGGGUUUCUUUCGGAGGAGCCAGCAGAACAACGCCAGCUACUCCUGCUCCCGGCAGAGGAACUGCCUGAUCGACCGCACCAACCGCAACCGCUGCCAGCACUGCCGCCUGCAGAAAUGCCUGGCCCUGGGCAUGUCCCGCGAUGCGGUGAAGUUCGGCCGCAUGUCCAAGAAGCAGCGGGACAGCCUCUACGCCGAGGUGCAGAAGCACCAGCAGAGCCAGGAGCAGAGCGGUGGCACCAAGGAUGAGCCCGAGCCCCUGAGCCGUGUCUACACCACGAGCGUCAGCAGCGGCCUCUCGGACCUGGACGACAUCUCCACGCUGUCGGACGGGCUCCUCUUCGACUUCCCCCUGACCCCCGAUGGCAGCAGCACCUACUACAACCUGGACCUGCUGGCCUCGGCACAGCCCUCGCCCGACCAGUCCAGCCUGGACGUGGCCGAUGCCACGCUCAUCAAGCAGGAGUCCAUCUACGAGCUGAUGCUGGAGCCGGCACUGUUGGCUCACGGGGCGCUGGAGGGUGCCCAGCUGCCCCCUGACAUCUCUGUCCUGGAGAUCGACCGGGUGGCCCAGAACGUGGUGAAGUCUCACCUGGAGACGUGCCAGUACACAACAGAGGAGCUCAAGCGCCUGGCCUGGAGCCUCUACUCCCCCGAGGAGGUCCGUGCCCUGCAGAGCAAGAGCUGCGAGGCCAUGUGGCAGCAGUGCUCGCUGCAGAUCUCCAACGCCAUCCAGUACGUGGUGGAGUUCGCCAAGCGCAUCGACGGCUUCAUGGAGCUCUGCCAGAAUGACCAGAUCAUCCUCCUGAAAGCCGGUUGCCUCGAGGUGCUCCUGAUCCGCAUGAUCCGUGCGUUCAACCCCUUGAACAACACCGUCCUCUUCGAGGGCAAGUUCGGUGGGAUGCAGAUGUUCAAAUCUCUCGGCUGUGACGACCUCAUCGGUGCCGUCUUCGAGCUGGGGAGGACCCUGUGCCGCCUGCAGCUGUCAGACGAGGAGCUCGCCCUCUUCACUGCUGCUGUCCUGCUCUCCCCAGACCGCCCGUGGCUGACCGAGUCCAAGAAGGUGCAAAAGCUCCAGGACAAGAUCUACGUGGCCCUGCAGCACGAGAUCCAGAAGAAACACUCCACCGAGGACAAGCUCUCGAAGAUGGUUUCCAAGCUGCCCUUGAUGAAGACCAUUUGCAACCUGCACUUGGACAAGUUGGAAUUUUUCCGUCUCCUGCACCCGGAGACUGCCAUGAACUUCCCCCCCCUCUAUAAGGAGGUUUUCAACUCGGAGCUUCAGUACAGCGACCCCCGGGAGAGCUAAGGCCGGGAGCCAGCGGCCCCCUUCGAGUUCCCCAAAACUUGGAGAUGAACUGCACUUCAGAGGUUUGGGGCAAUUUAUUUAAAUCAAAUAAUCAAACUCAAGAGAACCCCGGGGGGGGCUGCGGUGCCUCCCUGGCCCCAUCUCCUCGCUGUGGAUUGCAAUAGCUCUUGAAUGUAAAGCACCUUGAAGGAAAAAGCAAAUGGACUUUGCCAUACCAGUGAAAUGAAUGUGAAAUCUCUGCUCGGGAGAGGAGAUGCUCCUGGCAGUGGUGAGGGACCGGCUGCUCCCCGUGACACGGGAGGAGGGAGUGCCCUUCCCGCUGUCCUGGCUGCACUCUCCACCUCCGAUUUUUAUUUCUUUGUUUUUUAAUUAUUAUUUUUAUUUUAUUGUUUUUUUAAAACCCAAACACCAGGCAUGGGAUAAAGAAGGGGCAAUGCUGACUCGGCUGGGUCGGGCUGGGGCUGGAACUGAGGAGAGGGAAAAGACAGAGCCUUUGCUUUAUUUCAUCUCCCAUGGGUGCAGCAGGCCCCCAGGAGCUUGGCCAAGAAAGGUCUGGCUGUGGCUGGUGAGGGAUUCAGCACAGGAUUUUCCUGUGGAGGAGGCUGGUUUGAGGGAAAAGAUGCCCAGGGCAGCAGGGGAAAAGUUUUGGAGGGUGUCCAUGCCCUCCAUCACAGCAUUUUCCCAAAUUCCCAGCCAGCUCCUCAUCCGCCCGACUUUGCAGAGCCGAUUCAGCAGGUUCACCCUGCCUGGUGCCACCUUUGUGCAUCCCAAAAGCUUUUCCAGGGCCAUGGGACUUCAGCCAGAGCCCAAAUCCUGGCCACCCCACCCCAGAGACACCCAUGGCCACUGGAGGGGCUCCAGGGCUGUCCCUGUCCCUGUGGUGGCCGCAGCAGCGGUGCCCUCUGGGUGCUGCUGUUUUGUGUAGCUCUCUUAUCAAUCCCACUUAAACUGCCCCAUGGGUCAGCACCCAGAGGAGUUUGUGACCCUUCCUCCAGCUGGGUCCCAUCCCAGGUUCUCCCUUCCCACACCACACACAGGAGCCCAGAUGUGGCUGCAGAUGUGGCUCUGCAGGUUGGAUUGGACCCAGGCUUUCCCCUCAAUGAGCUGCCUAGAACUGUUAUUUUUGGGGUUGUUCUUGAGUUUAGCAGGAUUUAGGAGCUUUUUAGGGGGAGAAACUGCCUGUUGUAGUCAAGGGGAAGUGAAAGGUCCUUAUUCCUCCCUUCAAGGAAUAAGGGUGGUUGGAAGGAAUGUGGUGUUUGGGACCUGCUGCUCCUUUUGGGAGGCUCAAAAGGGGAUGAAGGGAAGAAUUUCUGGGGUGAUGCUGUUCUAGGCCACAACAGCAGGGGAUGCUUGAGAGACUCUGUGGCUCUGCAGAUGGAUUUUUCUGUUCCUGUUCCUGCUCCCACUGCAGAAAAUGCCAAAAAACUACAAGGGAAAAAUCUGCUCCAAGGCAGCCCCAGUUUCUGCUGACAAAGGGCUAAAAUCCCAAGCCCUUUCCUGCUUUGUGCUGAUUCCUCGUGCACCCAAUCCCAUCCUCCGGCAGCUUGGAUCAUCCCCGAGUGUGAGCCAAAACCUUUGGAUCCAUAACUGCACCCUUUAAACUAAAUGAGCUUUCUUAGUGACGUGAGGGAUAUUCCUGCUUUUAUUAAAAGACCUCCCAGGGAAGACCAUGGACCAACCUUGACGACGAGGGAAGACUCCCCAGGAAGCUGAUGGGAUUUCUGCUCCGCUCAAAGGCAGAGGGAAAUGUGGGACCGCGUUCCUCCCCAGCAGCUGCAGCCCUGAGCUCCCUGGGUUUGCUGACCACAUCCCAACAGCUUCUGGGAGCAGAUUGGAGCCCACCAGCCUUGGCUCCCUCUCUGUUGGAGCCAGGUCUCUGGGAAAAGGCUGCCGGCGCUCCCACGGCCCCACGCGAUGUCCAGUGCCAAUGCGUCGCUGUCCAGCGCAGCGUCCACGGGCUGGGGAUGUGCCCGGCUCCUCUCCUGCCCUCUCCAAAGCUUGGACAGAAGUGAGAAGUCAGUACUGCCUUUUAUGUCCAGAGGGUUGUGCCUUUUUUUUUUUUUUGGAAAAGCAUCAUUUCCAACAGCACCGUUCACUUCCCGGGAAAAGCACCCCCAGAACACGACUCUGCUUCUUGGCAGGGGCAGCCGAGCUUGGAGGGAACAGCCCGCGGGUGUUUGGAAACGUUUGGGGAAAAACAAAACAAAACAAAAAGGAAAAAAAAAAGCACACACCCUUCUUUUCACCCUCAGUAUUCGUCAGCCAACACACAGCAAUGGUCAACGCCACCGA